AUGUUCUUCCAACGCACAGCUAUCGCCCUCUCGAGGCGCGCCCCUGCCCGGGCCCUCUCCGUCCGCCCUUUCUCCUCUUCCAUCGUCCGCGCCAACGCCAACAAGUGGCAGGUCAAGGAGGAGGGCAAGAUCCUUCCCUUCGAAGAGAUUAAGACCGAGAAGGACCUGCUUCCCCCUGGUGCCAAGCCCGGUACCGUUCCCACCGACAUCGAGCAAGCUACCGGUCUCGAGCGUCUCGAACUUAUCGGAAAGAUGCAGGGCAUUGACAUUUUCGACAUGAGGCCUCUUGAUGCCUCCCGAAAGGGAACCCUCGACAACCCCAUCAUCGUCAACGGUGCCGGUGACGAGCAGUACGCUGGUUGCACUGGUUACCCCGUUGACUCUCACCAGGUCAACUGGCUCACUGUCUCUCGCGAGCGCCCCAUCGAGCGCUGCCUCGAGUGCGGCAACGUCGUCAAGCUGAACUACAUCGGCCCCGAGGAGGACCCCCACGCUCGUGAGUCACCCCAAAAACCACCUUCAACAUGCGUGAGGAUCGCAAACAACUCACAUACAUACCCAGACGACCACGACCACGGUCACCACCACCCUCCCCACGAGGAGCCCAAGACCUUCGCCGACUACGUCAAGCCCGAGUACUGGUACCGGUAA